UAGAUUCGCUCGGUGUGAAAACGCUACAGUGUGCUCGAACGAGCUACAGAGAUCAUGCUAAACCCACGAAAGUCUUCGUACCGAGGAGGUUAGACUUCACAGGUUGCAGUAUUAGCGCAAAACUCGGUUUACUAUGCCUGAAGACAGCGUAGACACGCCGUGUCUAGUUACGUGCACCGCUCCGGUGAAUAUUGCUGUCAUUAAGUACUGGGGGAAGAGGGAUGAAGAUUUAAUUUUGCCCAUCAAUUCAUCGUUGAGCGUCACUUUGCAUCAAGACCAGUUGAAAACGACGACAACGGUUGCCAUCAGCAGGACUUUUCAGGCCGACCGAUUAUGGCUCAAUGGCAAAGAAGAGGACAUCAAUCAUCCAAGACUGCAAUCCUGUCUGAGAGAAAUCAGACGACUGGCGAGGAAGAGACGUAACGAUGGAGACACUCGGCCGACUGAUUCGGUUGGAUUGUCUCAGAAAGUCCACAUUUGCUCUGUUAACAACUUCCCCACAGCUGCUGGGCUUGCCUCCUCAGCAGCUGGAUUUGCUUGUCUCGUUCAUACUUUGGCUCAGGCAUUUGGUGUGGAAGGAGAGCUGUCUGGGAUCGCUCGCCAAGGCUCAGGUAGUGCCUGCAGAAGCAUGCAUGGCGGGUUCGUCCAGUGGAUCAUGGGAAAGGAAGAGGAUGGGAAGGACAGUGUCGCCCAGCAGGUGGAGCCAGAGAGUCACUGGCCUGAACUCAGGAUUCUUGUUCUCGUGGCGAGUGCUGAGCGGAAGCCGAUAGGGAGCACCUCCGGGAUGCAAACCAGCGUACAAACAAGCUCACUGUUAAAGCACCGAGCAGAGGCCGUCGUCCCUCGUCGGAUGGUCGACAUGAUUGAGGCGGUGCGAAGAAGGGAUUUUCCGGCAUUUGCCGAGCUAACCAUGAAGGACAGCAACCAGUUUCAUGCCACCUGCCUUGACACAUACCCACCUAUCUUCUACCUCAACAGUGUCUCCCAGCAGAUCAUGCACCUUGUGCAUCGAUAUAAUAAAUACUACGGGGAGACAAGGGUGGCCUACAGUUUUGAUGCAGGUCCAAAUGCCGUGAUCUUCACUUUGCAGCAGUUUGUCCCAGAGUUCGUCCAGCUGGUUCAGCACUUCUUCCCCCCAGACAGGAACGGAGACGAUUUUAUUAAAGGUCUUCCAGUCAAGUGUGCUGCUCUUCCCGUGGAGCUGAAACAGAGUAUUGGCCUAGAGCCCGUUCCAAAGGGAAUUAACUACAUCAUUAGCACAAAGGCUGGACCAGGCCCACGUGUUGUUGAGGAUCCAUCUCAGCACCUCCUCUCAGCCGAAGGUUUACCAAAGAAAAUGGUCUGAGGAGCCUCUACUGUGCAGAAACUAGCCUUGCUCUACGGCAAUGAGUCUUACUCCUGAUCUGAAACUUACAAGAUGAAACAUGUUAUUUUUUUUAAAUCAUUCAAAAAAACCUGUAAAAAACAAAAACUGUUUUUUAUAAGAUUUUAUUACAUAAUAAGUCUCUUUAGCUGACAGUCUUUACAAAACAGCUCAUUGAUUACUCAAAUGUAUUGUUUAGCAUUUAGUUGCCUUCAGUGGUAGCUAUACAGUCACAUUGGAGAUUAAUGUGUACGCUGGCACCAGGUUUAAUACUUUUUAUUUUAUUUUACUGAGGUCUCCCUGGACAUUUUUAAUUUUUUCUAACAAUGUUGAAAUUAAACCUUAGCUAUGUUCAGGCCAGCUGACAACCUUGUCUUGGGCCAGGACAUCUAAGAUAGAUUUCCACGCAUAACGUUCUGUAACUAGCAAAAAGUUAAAUAAUAUUUAACUUUUUAAGACGUGAUGGAUACUAUAUUGUAUCUCUUUCUCCAGUGUUCUGCUUCACUUUCCUAUUCCUACCUUUUUUUUUUAUUAGUUUUCCAGUUUAGAACAGUUUCAACAGUAGAAAGCUAAUCUAAAAAUAUAUUUUUUUUAUUGUACAUUGUCAUAUGUAAUAAUUUGAAUUGAAUUAGAAAUAUAGGUCCCAUACCACUACUAAAAGGACAAUUAGAAAAACAAAAUAAAGGAAAAUUUGUUUUUGUAAGUUAAAUACUAGGCUUAAGUUUUGUUCAGAAGUAUGCCUGUAAGUAGAUGCCUUGAGGGCCCCCCUCCACCUUGGGCUUGGGACCAUUGACCCGGUUGUCCCCACCUGUCAGCGGCCAUGGCUGUGUGGAUGCAUAUGACGAAACCUGACAAAGUUCUGUAUUUUCAGGUGUUUUUUUUUUUUUUUUUUUUGUUUUUUUUUUCCAUAAUUUUUUUUUAUGCCUUGAAAACUAAACGGAGCUAUCCGUGAACCUUUUGGCAUGUUUUGCCGUUGGCUCCAACUCAAGAUACCGUUUUUGAACGCACUGUUUCCAGUGGAGCUUUAUGUUUUCUCUGUUUUUACAUUCACAUGUGUUGAAGUUUCUUAAACAUGUUUUACUUUCUGCGAGGCGAAGAUAUUUUUUUAAAAUAUUUACUGCAAAUCAAACUGUUUUACAUUUUGGAAAAACUAACUUGUUUGCAUUUUAAAAGAGAAUAGACUUACCUCUUGGUAAUACUGGCAUUUAAGAUUUUAAGAUUUGAGAAUAUUUAUCAAUAUUUGUCUUUAUACAGUGAGGACUGAAGGUAAUAAUUGUGUUCAUAAAGAUACAAAUUAUCUUACUGCAUAUCUCUUGGGAAAUCAUUUAAAUUGCAUUUUCUUUUUCUCUCCAACGAUAAGUGGAUAUCUAAAUAAUGAAAGGUGUUAAAAUAAUUAUAGUAAAGUAUUUUUUAUGAUCAGCUAUUUUGGGUCUAUCAGAUUGAUUAAAGUUGAAUAAAAUAUAUUUUUUGUCAAGAC